AGCCUAUUUCCACAACUCUGUAGAUGCACCAGGAGCCCGCUACACCUACCAAAACCAGCUCGUUUGUGCAAGUUCCGGACUCUUCGCCUCAAUCCAUUCUGUCCUCGUCCCCCGUUCAAGGAGACCCGUUGUUCUUACGUCCUCCCAGCAUCAUGUCCACAAGCGCCUUCCAGCCGAACGCUACGGCUAUUGCCACCAAAAAGGCGACCUACAUCAAAGACUGCAGCAUGUUGCGGAAAAAAUACCCGUUCAUCCCUGUUAAGGUGAUCCAGCAGGCGUAUAAGGAGGCUAGGUUGAACUUGAGGGAGGCUGCGACCGCGUUGAAAAAGUACCGUAAAGAGGACUUUCCAGAGCCAAAACCAGAGCAACCAGAGGAGAAGAUAGCAGCAAACACGGCUCCGAUAACGUCUGGGUAUUCAGCUGCAAAGACGUCCGGAUAUUUUGCCCAGGCACCGCCAAAACUCGCCGUACCCGCGCCAACGCGCCUCGCGCUGUUGACCAAGCCAUUGAUCUCUACCGCACCAAAGGUUCCGCUUGUAAACCUUCAGGCUUCCGCGAUUGAGGAAAUCUACUCUUCCCCUGAGUUGUCGCCCCAGAGGCUCCCAAAGCCAAAAAAGUCCAUCAACGACAAGUACAACCAGUUCAGCUUGCCGGAAAAGCUCGCACGCUUGAAGGCCGAAAACGGCCACGAGGCACCGAAAAAGAAGCGCCGCUUGGUGCGUGCAUCCGCGUUCGAACCCGCGGAGGAGGAUACGGACGAACAUGCGCCGAUCACGCGCGAACGCACGCGCGCGCUCGUCAGUGAUGAUGAGUCUGAACUUUCUGACGUUGAGGAAGUUGAAGCUCCCGAGAAGGCUGGACCGGCGCAGGAACAGGGGUUUAGACUCAGCGACGAUGAGGAAGAGCCACGCGCGGCUGACUCCGACUCCGACUCCGACCCUGAGGCCCAGUUUGGCAGUAAGGUUGAUUCCGCCGCGACAAUGUUCCAGACGCUUAGUUUCCUUAAUACCGCCUCCAAAAAGGACGUGAUGGAGCUCGCGUCGGUUCCGCCACAUAUCGCGGAUAUGCUCCUCGCGAGCCGUCCGUACCAGUCGCUCGGGCAGAUUGAGAACAACAACUUCUCAAAGGACCCUAAGAAAGGGUCGAGGGCGAAAACGUGGGGGUUGAAGAUUGUAGAAAAGUCUGCAACUACCCUCAGGGGAUAUGCCGCGGUGGAGUCGUUAAUCCGUGAAUGCUCGGCGUACAACGACAAGAUUAAACGCGAGAUCGGGAAGUGGGGUGUCACCACACAUGGUGCGGACGCGCGCGACGGCGAGCUCGAGAUUGUGGAGAUUGACGUGGAUACCGUGCUGGAUAUGCCGACCCCCAACUUCGUGGAUGAGGCCAGUGGGGCUGAAAAUGGGGCCGAAAACCUCGAAAGGGUUAAUGGCAGACUCUUAACUAUCGGUGACAGCGACAGCGAUUCGGACGUGGAGUUCGUGGUGCGCGCACCGCGUGCGGCCAUGCACGCGAACCCCAAGGCAUACUUCAAAACCAAGCCCAAGCUUCUCGCACCGGAUCUCGAAUUGAAAAACUACCAGCAGGUCGGCAUUAACUGGCUCAACCUCCUCUACCAGCACAAGCUCUCGUGCAUCCUUGCAGACGAGAUGGGGCUCGGGAAGACGUGCCAGGUGAUUGCGUUCAUGGCGCACCUCAAGGAGGUGGACCCGCACCACUGCGGAAAGCAUCUCGUGGUGGUGCCGUCCUCAACCUUAGAGAACUGGAUGCGUGAAUUCCGCAAGUUCUGCCCGACGCUCGUGGUGAACGCGUAUUACGGAUCGCAGAGCGAACGCUUCGAGUUGCGUGAGGCGCUCGCGGACGCGGAGUACGACGUUUUAGUCACAACCUACAACCUCGCUACGGGAAAUAAGAACGACCACGGCUUUUUGCGUAGCCGUGGCUUCAACGUGGUGGUCUACGAUGAAGGUCACAUGUUGAAAAACUCCUCUUCUGAGCGGUAUGUGAAGUUGAUGAAGUUGCGCGCGAGCUUCCGUUUGCUCCUCACGGGGACGCCGUUGCAGAACAACUUGAAGGAGUUGGUCUCGCUUCUCGCGUUUAUUCUCCCGGACCUUUUUGUGGACAAGAAGGAGGACUUGCAGGGCAUUUUCGACCAGAAAGCCAAGACAACCGAUGAAUACGCCGGGGAUUACAACCCGUUGUUAUCGCAGCAGGCAAUCUCCAAGGCCAGGACAAUGAUGACGCCAUUUGUGUUGCGUCGCCGAAAGGACCAGGUUUUGAAGCACUUGCCGCAAAAGACGCGUGAAACGGUGUACUGUGAGAUGUUGCCCAUCCAGCAGGGCAUCUACGAUAAGCUGGUGCGCGAAGCCGCGGAAGUCCGUGCAGAGCGCGACGCACGCAAGGGCCUCACCCCGAGCGCGCUCGCACAGUUGAACAAAACUUCGCCGCUUCCGUCGUCCACCAAUAUUAUCAUGCAAUUGCGCAAGGCUUCACUCCAUCCGUUGUUAUUCCGCUCCCUCUAUACCGACGACCGCGUCCGCCAGAUGGCCCGGGCGAUUAUGAACGAGCCGGAGUACGUCGAGGCAAACCAGGACUACAUCUUCGAGGACAUGUGUGUGAUGUCUGACUUUGAGCUCAACCGUCUCUGUGCCAAGUUUCCGUUCACCCUCGCCGAGUUUGAGCUCGCGGAGAAGGAUUACACGGAAUCCUCAGGCAAGGUGGCAAAGUUGCGCGAGAUUCUCCCGGGGAUCGUCCAGAACGGCGACCGUAUCCUUAUUUUCUCGUUGUUCACCGCGAUGCUCGACAUCUUGGAGCGGGUGUUGCAGGCCAUGGACUACAAGUUUCUCCGCUUGGACGGUUCCACCGCGGUGGACGAGAGACAGGACCUUAUUGACGAAUUCUACGAGGAUAAGUCUAUCAAGGUGUUUCUUCUUUCAACCAAGGCCGGUGGUUUUGGUAUCAAUUUGGUCUGUGCCAACCACGUGGUCAUCUUUGACCAGUCGUUUAAUCCUCAUGAUGAUAGACAGGCAGAAGACAGAGCGCAUCGAGUGGGGCAGGUCAGCGAGGUGAAGGUGAUCCGGUUGAUUACCAGAAAUACGAUCGAGGAGAAUAUCUUCCAAAUGGCCGAAAAUAAGCUUGCAUUAGAUGCAAGUGUCAGUGGGGGGGACGAAGCUGGAAGUGAAAGGGUUGAGGAGAGGGCCGCAAGCAUGUUUGAAAAGAUGUUGUUUGAAAAGAAAGAGGGAUAGGCGAGAGACCGAGACUUUUCCUAGGCCUAGUAAUAUAGCGAGCUCCAAAGCCAAUAUGACGUAUAGACCGUUUUGAUGUUAUGAGCACCAUUUGGAGCUAGACGACUCUUUAAGAGCAAAUAAACGACA